GAGAGUGUAGCGGCAUUAAGCAGCUUCGAGAUCAGCGGAUGCUGACAGACGCACAGCUGCUGAUGGGAAGAGGGAGACAGAGAAGACAAGACUCUCACACUCCAGAGGAGGAGAGCAGGUACACUGUCCAUGUUCAUCAUCAGGCUGAUUAGGACGGGAGGACAGCAGCGUCUCUGCAGCUACACGCAGACGGUUUUUUACAAUUCAGGUCACAGAAAAUGGGAGCACAAUGUAUCCUGAAGGGAAACUUCAGCAGAAACCUUAUUAUUUCUUUACAAUCUGCAAUGGCUGUGAGAUGCAACCAGAGAACCUGAGUGCAAGAGCCAAGCAGCACCACCUUUAAGUGAACUCUGAAUUUGAUUUGACCUGCUGGAACACCCUCUUCAAUCACCAGAUGGAGUGUUUUCCAUGUACUGUGUGUCCAAGUGCCUUGCUUCUGAUCAGAACUCUUCACCUACUACAUACUGGAACAGAUAGGCAAUAAGGUGUUUAGUUGUAAGAGACAAUUUAAUGCUACAUGAUUGCCCACGGUGGACAGUAGUACCUUGAGAGCAGUUGCCACAUACCCUGUUUUUCUAUCGCUUAAUGGAAAGAAUGAUAAAGGUUGUCUGGACCUUACAAUGAGAAUUCACUGACAAGCACAAGAAACCCAGGAGAAUCAAGGACACAUUGACUGUGAGAAGAGGAAAUAAAGGACAUCUUUUUUGGGCGAUAAUAACAAAGAAGCUACAUAUAUAAAUGCUUUUGUUAUAUGAACAUCAUCUGCAGAUUGUCAUAAAAACCAAAAGAAUAAUAGGGAUUCCUGACACUACUUCCAGGCUGGCUGUCAUUCCAGCAGCUCAAGGAAUCCCUCAGUAUCUAACUAUAUUCUACUAAAUAGUCUGCUACUACAGAACUCACUAUAAUUUGAAUCCUCUAAGAUUCAUUCAAAAAACCAUAGCUCCUAUGAGGUCUUUCCAAAGUGUCAGUGAGUGUAGAAGGUUUUUAGAUAUCUACACUAUCCAGUGGUCUCUGUCCACUCCUAUAGCUGCAGCCACUUGGCAGGCAUGGGCCUAUGGAAAAUGUUGCUCCCGCAAGGUUGCUAAAACAGCUUUAUUGAAUAAAUAAUAAAGUAUUACCAUCCAUGUCUAGGCAAAUGUAGGGGGGGGUGCACAAACUACUGUUGAUCAAGGUUGGUAAUCUGAGGUAUUACAAAUUCCAAGAAUCCCAAUGUUCAACUUAAUCUCUUUAUUAGCUAACAUCAUUCAGACUUAAAGUUAGCAUCACAUACCCACCAAAAGGGACCAUGGAUUUCAAUGGGAGCCAGGACUAUGGGUCCUAUCCAACAGGGCUGCCCUAUAACACAAGUAUGGACUAUGAGGACUACUACCAGGAGCCUGACGCCAGUAAAAUCAUCAUUCCAUCCAUUUAUGCUCUUGUCUGCUGUGUAGGCCUUACUGGCAAUGCCAUGGUCAUCUAUGUCAUUCUGAAAUACGCCAAAAUGAAAACAGCCACUAACAUUUACAUCCUCAACUUAGCAAUUGCUGAUGAGCUGUUCAUGUUAAGUGUUCCUUUUCUGGCCACAUCAGCUGCUGUCCGUCACUGGCCCUUUGGGUCACUGAUGUGUAGACUGGUGCUGAGCGUAGAUGGCAUCAAUAUGUUUACAUCAAUCUUUUGCCUGACUGUGCUAAGUGUGGAUCGUUACAUAGCAGUGGUCCAUCCUAUCAAGGCUGCCCGCUACCGCAGACCCACUGUAGCCAAAGUAGUCAAUGUCUGUGUUUGGGGGCUAUCACUCAUAGUCAUCCUGCCCAUCAUUAUCUUUGCAGACACUGUCCCUGCACAGGACGGUGGUGUGGAUUGUAAUUUCUUGUGGCCUGAAUCGGCGUGGUCAGAAGCAUUCGUGGUCUAUACCUUCCUGUUAGGGUUUCUGCUGCCGGUCGGAGCCAUCUGCUUAUGCUACUGUUUAAUGGUGGCCAGGAUGCGAGCAGUGGGACUAAAAGCAGGCUGGCUUCAAAGACGGCGCUCGGAGAAGAAGAUCACACGCAUGGUGCUGCUAGUUGUGGCGGUGUUUGUCCUCUGCUGGAUGCCCUUCUACAUUGUCCAGCUGGUAAGCGUUUUCCACCGGCCCCCAGACCCAAUGGUCACUCAGCUUUUUGUCAUCCUCAGCUACGCCAACAGUGGCGCCAAUCCUAUUCUGUAUGGCUUUGUGUCCGACAAUUUCCGGCGUUCCUUUCAACGCAUUGUGUGUUUCCGGUGGCUGGAGACUGGGCUGGAUGCGGAACAGGUGGAUUACUGUGCUGUCGCUUUAAAGAGACAAGCAACAUGUAGCCCUCUGGAUUUUCCUAAGGACUGUAUGGCUUCUGAUAUGAUGUUUCGCAAUGGGACAUUUACCUCCCGUACAACCACAGUGUAAGCAGAACAGGACCUAAAACAAGUAGCCACAACCCAAGAUGGACUUUUUCAACCUUUGGCUUACACAGGGGAGUUUGAUAUUUAAUUGUGAGUCAUAUGUUUGUUAUAAAAACUCAAACUCGGAAGUUCCAAAUAUAAGUUCCUGGAAAACACAAGUGUGCCAAACAAAAAUAUAAUUGACCACACGUAAACUUGUUAAUGUCAGGUGUCAGGAGGAUUUUGGGACAUCGGCCACAAAGUUGAGAAAACCCGAAGAACAGUUAAUGGAAGAAAGAAAGUGUACAGUUCAGCAGCCAACCCCAGCUGGCUGACAUGUUGGGAUAAAAACUGACAAUGAAAAAGAUGUAUAUAACU